AUGAGGGUCUUCCACGCAUGCCUCGGGCUAUGCCUUUUGGCCACAAAUGUGCUUGCCAAUGCCUGGUCUGGACCAUAUCAGGCGAUUCUUCUGUGGUAUGCAUACCGUCUGGAUGUCAAAACAUAUGGGGCUGGCUCAACAGAGGUUGCUCAUUUCUGUGAGGGAUCAGCGGCUGAUGGUAGCUGCUAUUUUGAUGAAUUUCUGAAAUAUAUUCAGCGAGAUCCAACAUACAAGGACUCUUGGGUGAAAUGGACCGGAUCAACUUCCGUGGGCGAUAAUUUGACCCCGGAUGUGAUCGACACGGCCAAUGAGCUCAAAGAAAUGAACGAGUCAGAUGAUCCAGCAGCGCGAUACGCGUACUAUGAAGAUUGGGGCAAAAUUCUCCCCGAUACGUUUGCUGAAGGAUCUUAUCCCUCUUUCAGUAAAGCAUACGCCUCUAUUAUCAACACGAUCCAAGCUAUACGCCGGGAUGCUCCAGGGCUCUCAGUCAACAUUGACGAAGAGCUUUAUAGAGCCAAACAGGCAAUGGUUUUGGCCAACGAUGGUCGUGCGUAUGACGACGCUCAGUACAAAAUCGCAGCUGUAAACAAGGUCCUUGCCGAUAAGGGAAUCACUUGGGAGGUGGAAACGAAACAAAUUGAUUCGGCUGAUGGACAGGUCUGGGAGGUUGUUGACACUGAGGCUACAAUUGAGGCCCACCCAGACGAAACAGACGUUAUCAAAAAUACGGUCAUAGAUUAUGUGAACUCUUGGGGUACCGCAGACAGUCUCAACCAGCCGUCUAUUAACCAUGCCAAAGCUUUAUAUGCGAGUGAGGUCUUCCAGUCAACCCUUCUUGGUGACAGCACCUGUGACAUCAAAAUCCCGAAUGGUCGCACAUAA